AUGUUGGGUAGCCAGUGGACAAGGUCAUCCCACAAGACCUUCAAGUUCAAACGUUUUCUCACUAAGAAGCAGAACCAUCCCAUUCCACAGUGGAUUCGUAUGAAAAUUGGCAAUAAGAUCAGGUACAAUUCUAAAAGGAGGCACUGGAGAAAGACCAAGCUGGGCCUGUGA